GAGAGAUGGGGGGAAAAGAAGGAAACACUUCUGGCUUCCUCCGAGCCUGCCUCUCCUCUCCUCUCUCUCUCUCUCUCUCUCUCUCUCUCUCUCGCACACACACAGACGUACAUUUCCUCCUCCGAGAAGGGAGAGACGAUAAUUCUUCUGUUGUGCGGAUUCAAUACGAAAAAAUGGUGAAUAUCUCCGCGGAUUCGAUCCGGCAAUUCGAGUCUCUCAUCGAUCAAGUGGACGAGUCACUGAACAAGACGUUCGCGAACGUGCAUCUGGGGAACCGAGUUGAUACAUUAGUAAGAUUUCUGAAGGCCAGGGAUGGGAAUGUUUCAAAAGCGCAUAAAAUGUUGAUGGAUUGCUUGAACUGGAGAAUACAGAAUGAGAUUGACAGUAUAUUAACUAAACCUAUUGUUCCAAAAGAACUGUAUGGAGCAGUUCGCGAUUCACAGCUCAUAGGAUUGUCUGGAUACUCGAAAGAGGGUCUUCCUGUCUUUGCAAUUGGUGUUGGUCUCAGUACAUUUGAUAAAGCAUCUGUUCACUACUAUGUGCAGUCACAUAUCCAAAUAAAUGAAUACAGAGAUCGUGUCAUUCUGCCCACUGCCUCAAAGAACAAUGGCAAGCAUAUAAGUACCUGCUUGAAAAUAUUGGAUAUGACAGGACUGAAGCUUUCAGCACUAAAUCAACUAAAGCUGUUGACAAUCAUAUCUACCAUUGAUGAUCUGAACUAUCCAGAGAAGACGGAUACCUACUACAUUGUUAAUGCUCCAUACAUAUUCUCAGCAUGUUGGAAGGUAGUGAAGCCGCUUUUACAAGAGAGGACCCGGAAAAAGAUACAGGUUUUGCAAGGCUGUGGUAGAGACGAACUUUUGAAGAUAAUGGACUACGCAUCCCUCCCUCAUUUCUGUAGAAGAGAAGGAUCGGGUUCAUCAAGGCAUUACAAUGCCGAGGUAGAUGACUGUUUCUCCUUGGACCACUCCUUCCACCAACAAAUGUACAGCUAUAUCAAGCAGCAGUCGUUAGGUUCACAACUCACCAUGCCCGCACCUCAAGGUUCUUUCCAUGUGCGUUUCCCUGAGCCUGACCCUGAAGGAUCAAUGAUUGCCGAAACUAUUGAGUCAGAAUUGCACAGACUUGAAGGUCAAAAUUCACAUUGUAAUGCAGGAUCUCUUAAGAUCAAUGGCGAGUGAGACCGUUGGAAUAGAGGUACGUACAGGAGAGAGGAGUGACCCACUAACUUAUGCGACCAUUAACAGAGAAAGUGCUGCCGAGUGAGCUCUUUGAGUUUUGGGGACACCAAACCCCAGUGGCGGUUGUGAGUUGUUUUACGUCCGCAGCUUUAUUUGGUGUAGCCUUCAACCUACGGAGAAUUCUGUUAGAAAAUCCUAAUUUGCUUUUAAGCUUGUUUCUCAGUGUGAAGAACCUCCAGAAAAAUUGGACAAUCCAUGAAUUGACGCAUGGAGGGGACUGAAGAAUUAUACUAUUAGUGCAGUACAUGUAGUGAUGGGUUUUUGUCCCAUUUCAGAAGGAUGUUUAUGUAGACUGUUUUUGUCCUUCCAACAAUGGCGUCUUUAAUAUGACCAUAUGAAGCAUGUAAGGAAAACCUUUCUGUGCAAUCGAAGAAUGAAGAAAAAUAUCUUGUACCGUCCA